AUGCCUUCUCUUUGCGCUCCCUGUGAUCGUUCUUUCAGUAACGACGAGGCGCUACGGCAGCAUCUAAAAACUUCACGGGCCCAUGGUCAAUUCAACUGCGAUACUUGCGACCGAAAAUUCAUGACCAAAGAUGCGCUAGAGCAGCAUCUGAAAACCUCCCCUGUUCAUUUACCAUCUGUUCAUUUACCGUCUGUUCAUUUACCGUCCGUAGACUGUAAGCCAUGCGGUCGAUCCUUCAAGAGCGAGGAGGCGUUGCAACAGCAUCUGCAGUCGCCAGCACAUGCACCUACUUUUGACUGCAAAAGUUGCAAUCGAUCUUUCAAAAAUGACGAGGCGUUGAAACAGCAUAUGAGAUCUCCAGCUCAUGAUCCAACCUGCAAGAAUUGUGAUCGAUCCUUCAAAAGCGAUGAAGCACUGCAACAGCACAUGCAGUCGCCAGUACAUGCACCGACCUUUGACUGCAAAAUUUGUAGUCGAUCUUUCAAAAGCGAUGAGGGACUGAAGCAGCAUAUGAAGUCACCGGUUCAUGAUUCGACCCUCAACUGCCAGACUUGUGAUCGCAAAUUCCAAAGCAAGGAGGCUUUGGAGGCUCACUUGCGUGACUCUCCAGUCCAUGGACGGAAAUCGAAAACCCCCUUGGACACGUUCUUCGGGUCUUUUCGAAGUUUCAAAUACGACCCUUCUAUCCCGCCAUCCACGUCGUAUGCCAAAUUACGAGACCAAAAAGGCUGGGAACGGGGUGAUCCCGAGGGGGAUGAUGCGUGGGACAGAUAUCAAGAUGCAUUGGCGACCGAGCUUGAGAUGUGGUUUGGCGCAGAGGAUGAUCUGACGGCCUGGCAUUCGCUCUGCCGUGCAGUAGGCAUCGAGCCCCUUCCGCCAACGUGUGCGCUAUGCAAGAAGGCUGCUCGAAAUACGCACGUCAAUAUCGUGGAUUUGAUUGAUUGGAGGCGAAAUCAAAGUCAGCAAAAGGUUCGGAUAUUCAGAGACGUUGAUAGCCUGCGAGCCUACACCAGGGAGACUAGGAAGAUAUUCCGCAACCCGUACUACGACGACGAAGAUGGUGGUAACAUGGUGUUGAGACACCUCCUUCGGAGGAUCUUUUGCUGA